CUUAACAAUGUCUAAAUCAAGGCGGCUGCAUGGGAACGUGGCUCUCAUAACAGGAGCCGCUAGCGGCAUCGGCGAGGAGACGGCGAGACUAUUUGCAGCCAACGGCGCUUUCGUUGUCGUAGCUGACAUCGACGACGAACUGGGUAGGAAGGUGGCUGCCUCCAUCGGCAUCGACCAAGCCAGCUUUCACCAUUGUGAUGUUAGAGACGAGAAGCAAGUCGAAGAAACGAUGGUUGGGACGAUUAAGCACGGUGCGCGACGAGCAAUGGUGAAGAAAAACAUACGUGGGUCGAUCAUUUGCACGGCGAGCGUGUCGGCCACGAUAGGAGGGGCGGGGCCGAUGGCAUACACAAGCUCGAAGCAUGCGGUGUUGGGGGUGGUGAGGUCGAGCAGCUUGGAGCUUGGGGCGUAUGGGAUUAGAGUGAACUGUGUGUCGCCACAUGGGGUGGCAACGCCGCUGGCUCGCCGGACUUUGAAUAUGGAAGGGAGUAAGGUUGAAGAGCUUGUUUCUGCAUCGGCAAGCUUGAAGGGUGUGGUGCUGAAGGCUAGCCAUGUAGCUGAGGCAGCUCUGUUCCUCGCAUCUGAUGAAUCAGCUUAUAUAAGUGGACAAAACUUGGUCGUCGAUGGCGGCUUCACGGCGGUCCGACCAGUCAUAUGAUUGUGUGUUGUUAAGGGUUUGUAUGAUUUGAGUAAUAAUGUUCUACUUUCGAAACAUUUCAAAGUUGGAACUUUGAGGAAUAAACCCACCUUCAAUUG